AUGUAUUUGCUGAUUAUAACCAGGAAAAGUCCGAGAGCUGCAUCUCGAGAACACAGCUGUGCCAGAUCCAUCACUCAACCCCCCAAAUUAAGUGAUGGAGCAGAGACAUCUGAGCUCAUGCAGCACUACACAGAACCAGCUCUUGAGACACGCAUACUACUGGAGAAAACUGGAGACCAGCAACAGGAUUCUUGUCAACCAGUAGAUAAUGUCCUGCAGAAUGUCAAACAGAAACACAAAACCUACAUGAAGAACAAGUAUAAAAGCUUAUUUGAAGGAUACAAAAGACCAGUGAAUAAAACACCUCUUGAAAAGGUUUACACACAGCUCUACAUCAUAGAGGGAGAGAGUGAAGUGGUGAAUGAAGAACAUGAGGUUUUACACAUGGAGAAAACAGCCAGAACUCAACACCAUCAAGACACUCCAAUCUACUGCAAUGACAUCUUUAAACCUGAAGCAGGAUGUGAGGAGAAGAGAAAAGACCAAAUAAAGACUGUUCUUACUAAAGGCAUCGCUGGAAUUGGGAAAACAGUCUCUGUGCAGAAGUUUAUUCUGGACUGGGCCGAGGGAAAAGCCAAUCAGGAUGUAGACUUCAUGUUUGUGCUUCCAUUUCGAGAGAUGAACUUCAUUAAAGAUGAGCCGUACAGUCUUUACAAACUUCUGCUGGACUUUCAUCUUGAACUUCAUGAUCUGGACCCAAAGAUUUAUUAUGAGUGUAAAGUUGUGUUCAUCUUUGACGGUCUGGAUGAAAGCAGAAUUCCACUGAUGUUUUCAGACCAUGAGAAAGUUUCUGAUGUAACUAAGACUACAUCAAUGGGUGUGCUGAUGUCAAACCUCAUCAAAGGAGAUCUGCUUCCCUCUGCUCUCAUCUGGAUUACCUCCAGACCAGCAGCAGCCAAUCAGAUCCCCAACAAAUACAUCAAGCGAGGAAUAUUUCAGGAAGAGAAUCAGUGAUGAGCAUCAAGCAGCAGAAUCAUCUCACACAUUAGAAGAGCAAGAAGCCUCCACAUUAUGUGCCACAUACCAGUCUUCUGCUGGAUCUCAUCCACUGUGCUUCAAAACAUCCUGAAACAAGAUGACAGUGCAGAAAUCCCUCAAACUCUGACUGAAAUGUACAUCCACUUCCUGCUCAUUCAGAUCAAUGUGAGGAAUCAGAAAUAUGAAGAGAGAGAUCCAGAGAAACUCUUGCAGUCCAACAGAGAAGUGAAUGUGAAACUUGCUGAACUGGCUUUCAAACAGCUGAUGAAGGGCAAUGUCAUGUUCUAUGAGGAGGACCUGAGAGAGAGUGGCAUAGAUGUCACUGACGCCUCAGUGUAUUCUGGGAUCUGCACUGAGAUCUUUAAGGAGGAAUCUGUGAUUCAUCAGAGGAAAGUCUACAGCUUCAUACAUCUCAGCUUUCAGGAGUUUCUGGCAGCUUUUUAUUGGUUCCACUGCUUUUUGAGUAGCACUAUGGAGGCACAAAAAUGUUUUGAUUCAUUGCAUAAUUUGCUGAGAGGAAUAGUAGAUAAAGCUCUGCAGAGUGAAAAUGGACACUUGGAUCUUUUCCUUCGAUUCCUGCUGGGCAUCUCACUGGAGUCCAAUCAGAGACUCUUACAGGAUCUACUGACACACACAGAGAACAGUUCAGAGUGCAUCAAGAAAACCUCACAGUACAUUAAAGACAAAAUCAAAGAUGGACGUGGACUCUCCACUGAAAGGUCCAUCAAUCUGUUCCUCUGUCUGCUGGAGAUGAAAGAUCAGACUCUAUACAGAGAGAUUCAGGAGUUUGUGAAAUCAGAGAAACACUCAGAGAAUAAACUUUCUCCUGCUCAAUGUUCAGCAAUCUCCUACAUGCUUCAGAUGUCAGAGGAGGUGCUGGAUGAGCUGGACCUGAAGAAAUACAACACAUCAGAGGAGGGUAGAAGAAGACUGAUACCAGCAGUGAUCAACUGUAGAAAAGCCCUAUUUGCUGACAGUAAUCUCACUGGUCAGUGUUGUGAAAUUGUGGCUUCAGCUUUACAAUCAUCAAACUCCCUUCUGAGAGAUUUGGAUCUGAGUAACAAUGACCUGCAGGAUUCAGGAGUGAAGCUGCUCUCUGAUGCACUGAAGAGUACAAACUGUAAACUAGAGAUACUGAGAUUAUCAGGCUGUAUGGUGACAGAGGUCGGAUGUUGUUAUUUGGCUUCAGCACUAAGUUCAAACCCCUCACACCUGAAAGAGCUGGAUCUGAGCUUCAAUCACCCAGGAGAAUCAGGAGUCAAACUACUCACUGAGACACUCGAUUCAAACUGCACACUGUACAAACUCAACUUGGACAACAGAGAGCCCUGUAGGAUUAAACCAGGACUACAAAAAUAUUUCUGUAAUCUCACUUUGGAUCCAAACACAACAAACACUUGUCUCAUUCUGUCUGAGGAGAACAGAAAAGUGACAUGGGAGAAAGAAAAACAACCAUAUCCUGAUCAUCCAGAGAGAUUUGAUCACAUUCCUCAAGUUCUAUGUAGAGAGAGUCUGACUGGACGUUGUUACUGGGAGGUUGAAUAUAGUGGCUGGGUCCGUGUAGCCAUGACGUAUAAAGGAGUCAGUAGGAAAGAAGGGAGUAACAGUAUGUUUGGACUCGAUGAAAAUACAUGGAGUCUUUUCUGCACUGGUAAUGGAUUCAAUAUCUGGCACAAUAAUAAGAACGCAAACAUAUCUGUCCCUACAUCACAAUCUAACAAAGUCGGAGUGUAUCUGGACUGGUCGGCUGGCACUCUGUCCUUCUACAGCAUCUCUGACACACACACACUCACACACUUACACACAUUCAACACCACAUUCACACAGCCCCUCUAUGCUGGAUUUAGAGUUUCUAAGGAUUCUUCCGUGUUCCUGUGUUUUUUGAGCAAGCACAGGCUGAAGCACCUCCCACAGUCCCUACAAAGUAUCCACUCCAGAGAGAGAGAGAGAGAGGAGGGGAACACAGCCUCUAAAAUGAGUCUACAUGAGCAGAUAGAGAUGGAGAACACUGCAGAAUCUCCAGAAUCCAGCUUUGUGUCUAUGAAGAGUGACCGAUCCAAGAUUAAGCUCCCUGAAAACAGUGAUGGAACAUUGACCGCUGACCCCAGACUGCAGAUCCAGGGAGCAGUAUCUUUGGAAACCAUCUGUUUGUCAAUGAAGAGUGAUCAAUCCAUAAAUCUUCCUCAAAAAUUCAGUGAUGAAUUUGACCCCAGUGUGCAUAGGGAUGAUCUGAUCCAGGUUCAAUUAAGGUGUGAAGUUAAUGAGCAGAUUCAGAGAGAUCCAGUGUCUAUCACCUGUGGACAUAGUUUCUGCAAACACUGUAUCAGCUGCGACUGGGACCAGACCAGUCCAUUGAAAGACUUUGACUGUCCUCAAUGCAGAAAGAGAUGUAGAACACGUCCUGUUAUAUACACACACAAAGUCAUGGGAGGAUCUAGUUCUGCUGGUUCUGUUCACUUCUACACAGAACCAGACUGGCAAGAGGAGAUUGGAGACCCUGAACAGGAUUCUCACCAACCGGCAGAUGAUGUCCUGCAGAGAGUAAAAGAUCAACACAAAGCCAGCAUGAAGAACAAGUAUGAGAUCUUAUUUGAGGGAAUCAAGCUACAAAUUAAUCAAACCCUCCUGAACAGGAUUUACACACAGCUCUACAUUAUAGAGGGAGAAAGUGAAGGGGUGAAUAAAGAACAUGAGGUUUUACACAUGGAGAAAAUACCCAGAACUCAACACUUACAAGACACUCCAAUCUACUGCAAUUACAUCUUUAAACCCUUACCUGAACCAGGAUGUGAGAAGAAGAGAAAAGACCAAAUAAAGACUGUUCUUACUAAAGGCAUCGCUGGAAUUGGAAAAACAGUCUCUGUGCAGAAGUUCAUUCUUGACUGGGCCGAGGGAAAAGCCAAUCAGUAUGUUGAUUUUAUGUUUGUGUUUCCAUUUCGAGAGCUGAACUUGAUUAAAGAUGAGCCGUACAGUCUUCACAAACUUCUGCUGGACUUUCAUCCUGAACUUCAUUAUCUGGACCCAAAGAUUUAUGAUGAGUGUAAAGUUGUGUUCAUCUUUGACGGUCUGGAUGAAAGCAGAAUUCCACUGAUGUUUUCAGACAGUGAGAAAGUUUCUGAUGUAACUAAGACUACAUCAAUGGGUGUGCUGAUGUCAAACCUCAUUAAAGGAGAUCUGCUUCCCUCUGCUCUCAUCUGGAUUACCUCCAGACCAGCAGCAGCCAAUCAGAUCCCCAACAAAUAUAUCAAGCGUGUGACAGAAAUUCAGGGAUUCAAUGACCCUCAAAAGGAGGAAUAUUUCAGGAAGAGAAUCAGUAAUGAACAUCAAGCCAGCAGAAUCAUCUCACACAUUAGAAGAGCAAGAAGCCUCCACAUCAUGUGCCACAUACCAGUUUUCUGUUGGAUCUCAUCCACUGUGCUUCAAAACAUCCUGAAACAAGAUGACAGUGCAGAAAUCCCUCAAACUCUGACUGAAAUGUACAUCCACUUCCUGCUCAUUCAGAUCAAUAUGAGGAAUCAGAAGUAUGAAGAGAGAGAUCCAGAGAAACUCUUGCAGUCCAACAGAGAAGUGAUUGUGAAACUUGCUGAACUUGCUUUCAAACAGCUGAUGAAGGGCAAUGCCAUUUUCAAUGAGGAGGACCUGAGAGAGAGCGGCAUAGAUGUCACUGACGCCUCAGUGUAUUCUGGGAUCUGCACUGAGAUCUUUAAGGAGGAAUCCAUGUUUCAUCAGAGGAAAGUCUACAGCUUCAUACAUCUCAGCUUUCAGGAGUUUCUUGCUGCAUUUUAUGUAUUUUACCAUUAUGUAAUAAAAAACUUUGACACAUUGAAGUUUUUUGACAUAGCUUACAGUCUUCAUGUGUAUGCAGUAGAUAAAGCUCUUCAGAGUGAAAAUGGACAUCUGGAUCUUUUCCUGCGAUUUCUGCUGGGAAUCUCACUGGAGUCCAAUCAGAGACUCUUACAGGAUCUACUGACACACACAGAGAACAGCUCAGAGAGCAUCAAGAAAACCUCACAGUACAUUAAAGACAAAAUAAAAAAUGGACGUGGAAUCUCCACUGAAAGAUCCAUCAAUCUGUUCCUCUGUCUGCUGGAGAUGAAAGAUCAGACUCUAUACAGGGAGAUUCAGGAUUUUGUACAAUCACAGAAAAACACAGAGAAUAAACUCUCUCCUGCUGAAUGUUCUUCAAUCGCCUACAUGCUUCAGAUGUCAGAGGAGGUGCUGGAUGAGCUAGACCUGAAGAAAAUCAACGCAUCAGAGGAGGGUAGAAGAAGACUGAUACCAGCAGUGAGGAACUGCAGAAAAGCCUUUCUUGCUGACUGUGAUCUCACUGGUCAGUGCUGUGAAAUUGUGGCUUCUGCUCUACAAUCAUCAAACUCCCUCCUGAAAGAGCUGGAUCUGAGUAACAAUGACCUGCAGGAUUCAGGAGUAAAGCUGCUCUCUGAUGCACUGAAGUGUCCUCACUGUACGCUGGAGAUACUGAGAUUAUCUGGCUGUAUGGUAACUGAGGUCGGCUGUUGUUAUCUGGCUUCAGCUCUGAGUACAAACCCCUCACACUUGAAAGAGCUGGAUCUGAGCUACAAUCACCCAGGAGAAUCAGGAAUCAAACAGCUGUAUGAGAGACUCAAUGAUCCAAACUACACACUAAAUAAACUCAAAUUAGAUUUUGGAGGGCUUUUAAGGAUCACGCCAGGACUACAAAAAUAUUUCUGUGAUCUCACACUUGAUCCAAACACAGCACACACUCGACUCAUUCUGUCUGAGGAGAACAGACAGAUUAAAUAUGUAGAAGAGCAUCAGUCAUAUCCUGAUCAUCCAGAGAGAUUUGAGCACUAUGAGCAGGUUCUGUCUAAAGAGAGUCAUUCUGGAAGAUGUUACUGGGAGGCUGAAUGGAGUGGCUGGAGUUAUAUAGGAAUGACAUACAAAGGAAUCAGCAGAAAAGGAGAGAAUCGGAGUAAAUUUGGAUACAAUGAAGAGUCCUGGAGUCUUUUCUGUAUUCCUGACAGAUACAGUGCCUGGCACAAUAAUACAAACAAAGACAUACCAGCCCCUUUACCCCAAUCUAACAGAGUAGGAGUGUAUCUGGACUGGUCGGCCGGCACUCUGUCCUUCUACAGCGUCUCUGACACACACACACUCACACACUUACACACAUUCAACACCACAUUCACUGAACCCCUCUAUGCUGGGAUUAGGGUUUAUGAAUGCUCAGUGUUACUGUGCCAGAUUAAAUAAUCUCCUGAGGCUGAGACAGAUUAACAAAAUCUAUUGGUCGUCAUCUCAGGUUCGUGAAAAACCUGGGAAUAUCUGGGAAUUCUUAAAUUGUGAUUUCCAAUCCUGUAAAGGACAUGGAAUGUAUCUAAGGAAUAUAUUUUUUCUAGUUAUGCUCAGCUCUAAAAUAUUUAAUCAGCUAGAAAUUUCUUAAUCACUUUAUGAUGAAUACAAAUAAAUAUAAACUCUCCCUGCCAUCCCCAUUUCUUACUGACAGAUGGCUUCAUCCUGUGUGCAGGUGGAUAUACAUGGGAUGGUAAAAUACACUUCAAAAUGCCUGACUUGGCAAGGUAUUAAUAGAAACACAGUCAAUUAUGUCGAAAGUAAAUGUUAACACCAGUACAUAAAAGCAAAUGUAUAUCAAAUAUUGGAUCUAUAUUGGUUACAACUGAGGACAUUUUGGUGUAGUGACAAUACUGCCUAAAAUGUACAUUUAAAUUGUGCAUGGUAGAUCUUACUAUAAUAGCAUUAUGAAAAAGUAGAUUUCAUGACAUAGAAAUGUGAGUUGUCAACCCCUUUAGGUUUAGAUGCAUUUGUCUUUAACUGUCAGUGCUUUAGAAUAGCUAGACAGCACAGUUGUUUUUCGGGAACAGAAUCUCAUGGUUAAAACAGCAUUUUAUUCUACUGCUCAGUGAUUCAUAGAUGCAGGAAACAUAAAACAGAAAGUGCCUUUUACUACUUAAAUGUCCAUGUAUGGGUGAUUGCUCAAUAAAGGGAACUGUUUUCUCCUUUUAAACUACAUUGUACAAAUUUUUAGCUUUAGAAUCUCUCUAUGUAGGCUUGUUCCAUCUCAGUCUGUUUCACUUCCCCUUUUGUUAAUUAAUAAUAAAUGCAUAAAGUUCCAAAAUCAUGUACAUUUUACUUUGCAGUUUUCCCAAUUAUCUUUUAAAGGGAGAGUUCAACCAAAAAUGACAAUUCAGUC